AUGGAUUCCAGAACACUUCGGCCUGUCUCUGUUCAAGAGUAUCAGCAACAGCAGCAGCUGAUGCUGCAGCGUCUGCAACUGCAGCACCAGGAACAGCAGCAGCAACAACAGCAACAGCAGCAGCAGCAGCCACAGACGCAGACGCAGCAUGCCUGUCUACCCUCUCACACUGCCCACCUGUGGUUGCAGCAGCAACCCAGAGGGGAUUCUACUGUAGAAACCUUCAACAGCAGCGAUUGGUGCAGCAGCAGCAGCAACGGCAGUGGCGGUUGCUGCACUGGCAGCUACAGCAGAGAUUGCAGCAGCGGCAGUGGAAAGUGGCAGAGACACACUGUUGCUGUUGCGACUUUAGAGAGCAUUCCUGCUGCUGCUGCCGGUGCUCGACGAUGUUUCGACCCCCGUGCUCAUGCUGCUGCCCGCUCAGCUGCACCACCAGCAGCAGCAGCUACUGCUGCAGCAACGGCAGCAGGGUUGCAAACAAAGAGGCCAGUAGGGGAACCCAUGUUCCAUAGGGGGGGCCUGCAGUUCACACGAGAGCAGCAGGGGCAACUGCAGCAGCUGCAGCAGCGGCAGCAGCGGCAGCUGUUGCAGCAGCAGCGCCGAAGCAGCAUCAGCUGCUGCACCUUCCAAGGCAAGCCUGUCUUUGUGCGCGUCUCUCAAGAGGCUCCAGCAUCAGUAGUAGCAGCAGCAGCAGCAGCUUCAGCAAACUCAGCAGCAGCAGCAGCACGUGGAACUGCAGCAGACAGAUGUAAGGGACAGCAAGUCACUAGCACGUCAACAGCACAAACAGCAGCAGGGAAAAGAGCAGCAGCAAAAAUUACAGCAGCAACCAGAACAGCAGCAGCACGGACAGCCGCAGCAACAACGGAAACAGCAGCAGCAAUUGACGGAGAACCGAAAGCACCAACAGCCACAUCGGCGGGACAGCCAGCAGCAGCAGCAGCAGAGCCUUCCAAACCAGCAGCAGCAAAUGCAAGAGCAACAAAGGCAGCACCCGCAAGAGCACCUGCAAGAACAGCAACAGCAGCAAGUGCAGUAGCAGCAAAAGCAGCUGCAUCUAGAGCAGCAGUGGCAAGAGCAGCACCACCAAAGGCUCCAGCAGCAAAAGCAGCCACCGAAAAAACAGCAGUAGCAACAGCGAGAGCAGCAACAACAAAGGCAGCAGCAGCAAAAGCAGCAACAACAAGGUCAGAAGCAACAACAACAGAAGCAACAACAACAGCAGCAGCAACAGCAACAGCAGCAAAGGCAGCAGCACCAGAAACAGCAGCAACCAGAGCAACAGCAGCGAGAGCAGCAUCGACGAAGGCUGCAGCAGCUAGACCACUAGCAGCCACAACAGCAGCCGUAAAAGCAACAGCAGCAAAAACAGCAGCAGCAAAAACAGCAGCAGCAAAGGCAGCAGCAGAAAAAGCAGCAGCAGCAAAAGCAACACCGUCAGCAGCAACAGCAGCAGCAACAGCAGCAGCAACAGCAGCAGCAACAGCAGCAGCAACAGCAGCAGCAGCAACAGCAGCAGCGGCAACAGCAGCAGCAGCAACAACAACCACAGCAGCAGGUGAUUGCUCUCUUGGCCAAUUGGAGCCGGCUGCAAAAGGAGACCAUGGCGACAGCAGCAGCAGCAACAACAACCACAGCAGCACAAACAGCAGCAGCAGCAGUAACAGCAACAGCAGCAGCAGCAGUAACAGCAACAGCAGCAGCAGCAACAGCAACGCAGGUGAAAUCAGUUCGGGGCUGCAAGAGGAACUGCUGGUGCAGGAAUCUGCUGCGCUGAAGAAAAGCUGCAGCAAUUUCAGCAGCAGCAGCAGCAGAAGCUUUUGCACCUUUGGGUUGCGUGGCAGCAGCCGCAGCACAUGCGACGAGACAGCCCCCUAUAGCAGCAGCAGCAGUUGCUGCUGCAGUAGCAGCAACUCUUGCUGCUGCGGAGACAGUCUCUUGUGGACAAGUGAUGAGGAAACAAAAGACAAUGUGCUGCAGCAGCAGCAGCACGACAAGCCAACGGAUGCAGCAGCAGAACAGCAACAGCAGCAGCAACAAAUGGAAGAGGCUGCAACGCAGCAAGAACAGCAGCGACAGCAGCAGCAGCAUAUGCAGCAGCACCAUCUGCAGGAUUCACUGCGUUCUGUUUGCAGAGACGAAGGUAUCGGCAGCAGCAGCAGCAGCAGAGGAGCCAGCCAUUGCACAUACACCAGCAACAAGAGCAGCAACAGCAGCAGCAGCAGCAAAAGCAGCACCAGCAAGAACAACAACAUCAGGCGCUUCAGGGGCAUCACUGAGCAGCAGGGAGAGCGGAGCCGCUGCUCGGCGUGCGAAAAGCAGCGAGAGGUACUGCAGCGGCAGCAGCAGCUGCUGCUGCAGCAGCAAGAGACGAUGGAGAAGCAGCAGCGCACCAUUCAGCUGCUGCAGCUGCGAUUAGCAGCUUUGGGGGUGUCUGUUGCAGCAGUAGAAACCUGCACACCUGCUGCAGCUGGUGAUAGCAGCAAAGCUCAGCAGCAGCAGCAGCACCAGCAUACAAUGCAGGAGAACAAUAGCAGCAGCAACAGUAGCAUAGGUUCUCCAGGAGGUCCGUGGCAGGGUGCGAACGGCUUGCAACAGUUGCUGCACCAGCAACAGCAGCAGCAACAGCAGCAGCAACAGCAGCAGCAACAGCAGCAGCAACAGCAGCAGCAGUGCCAGACACAGUACUUCAUUUUGACUAGCGGCAGCAACAGCCGCAACAGCAGCAGAAACAGCAGCAGGCAUGCUUCUGAAAGAAGUGUGUGCUGCAGCAGGGGUGACGCGUCUCCCCACAGCAGCGACAGCAAGAACAGCAGCAGCAGCAGCAGGAGUUACAGUUUGGCCAGCAGCAGAAGCAGCGCGCCUAAUAGGGGCACAAGCCGCAGCGUUAAUCCUCCCUACCCGGAGCAGCAGCAACUCCCUCAGCAGCUCCCACUGGUUGUAGGCUGUGGCGCAGCAGCAGCACCUGCAGCACCAACUGCAGCAGAGCCAGCAGCAGCAAGUGCAGCAACACAUGCAGGAACAUGUGCAGCAACAUAUGCACCACACAACGCAGCAGCAACUGCAGCAGCUGCAGUGCCUGCUGCUGCUGCUGCCGCCGCUCUCUCGGGAUAUCUUGAGGCACGCUCGCCUAGUGGCUAUCCUGGCUAUGCAUGCAACCCACUUGCAGCAGCAGCAGCAGCACGAGCAAUAAAAGCAGCAGCAGUAGCACCAGCACCAGCAGCAGCAGCACCAGCAGCAGCGGAAGAUACAGAAGCACAACAGCCUCCAGUAGCUCCUGGAGGUGUGCAUGCACCUGAUGCUUGCUGCCCCGGCAGUUCCCCACGAGAAGCAGCAGCAUCAACAACAGAAGCAGCAGCUGCUGCUGCUACUGCUACUGCUGCUGUCUUGCCGUGUGGCAACCUGCCCCGAAACAAUUUACCUGCUGCUGAAGCCUCCAGUGCAGCAGCAGCAGCCGAUUCAGAGACAGCAGCAGAAGCAGCUGCAACAGAAUCGGCAACAGGAGAUUCAGCAACAGCAGCAGAUUUAGCAGCAGCAGAUUCAGAAGCAGCGGAUUCAGCAGCAGCUGAUUCAGCAACAGCAGCAGGAUCACCAGCAGCUGAUUCAGCAACUGCAGCAGAACCAUCAGAACCAACACCAGCAGAACCAGCAGCAGCAGAACCAGUCACAAAAGAAUCCGCAGCAUUAGAAUUAGCAACAGCAGCAGCAACAAAUUCCGUAACAGCAGUAGAGGCGGAGGCAACCGCAGCAGCAGAAAUGGCAGGAGCAGCGGCAGAGCAAGCUGCUGCAGAAUCAACGGCAGCAGCAGAACCAGGGGCAGUAGCUGAGUUAACAGCAGCAACGGAAUUAGCAGCAGCAACAACAGAAUUAACAGCAGCAGCAGAAUUAUCAUCAGCUGCAGAAUUAUCAACAGCAGCAGCAACAGCAGCAACAGCAGCAGCAACAGCAGCAGCAGCAGAUCUAUCAGAAUUAGCAAUACCAACCGAACUAGCAGCAGCAGAAUCUGUAGUAACGGGACCAGCAGCAGCAGCAAAACAAACAGCAGCAGCAGCGGAUGCAGAAGAAGCGGCAGCACCACAAGAUGCAAAAGUAACAGAAGAAGCACCAGGAACAGAAGCGGCAGCAACAACAACAAAAGCAGCAGCAGCUGCUGCUGCACAUAUAGAAGCACCAGAAGGAGCAGCACCUGCAGCAGCACCUGCAGAACCACCUGCAGAACCACCUGCAGUACCACCUGCAGCACCACCUGCAGCAGCAUCUGGAGCAGCACCUGCAGUAAUACCUGCAGCAGUAACACCUGAAGCAGCACCACCACCAGCAGCCUCACCAGCAGCACCUGCGGCAGCAGCAUCUGCAGCAGCAGCAACUGCAGCAGCACCAGCAGUACCACCUCUACUAGCCUGUGUAGCAGCAGCAGCACAUGCAGCAGCACAUGCAGCAGCACUUGCAGCAGCACCAGCAAUACCACCUCUACCAGCCCAUGCAGCAGCAGCAGAACCAGCAGCAGCACCUGCAGCAGCACCUGCAGCAACACGGGCAGUACCACCUCUACCAGCCCUUGCAGCUGCAGUAGCACCUGCAGCAGCACAUGCUGCAGCAACAGCAGCAGGUGCGGCAGCAGACCAGUGGUUACAUCAUUGGCUGCAGCGGCCAAACCGCCAUGGCGCUCUUAGCGUUUCUGGCAGCUCACGAAACUCCUCGAAUAACGAUAGUGAAGUGGAGCAGCAGCAGCAGCAGCAGCAGAAGCAACAGCAACCGCAACAGCAACAGCAGCACCAACAGAAACAGAAGCCGAAGCUGCUGCUCCAGCUGGGAGACAGCAGCAACACGGAGGAAGCUGCUGCUCUCUUUUGCUUGUUUUCGCCAAGGAGAGAAUUGUUGCCCCCUGAGGCAAUGAGAAGGAAUUAUGUGCUGCAGCAGCAGCAGCAGCAGCAGCGACACUUCCAGUAG